AUGCAGCACAGCAAGGUCCUCCUCCGCGGUAAACCUCCCUACAACAAGGUCCUCCUCCGCGGUAAACCUCCCUACAACAAGGUCCUCCUCCGCGGUAAACCUCCCUACAACAAGGUCCUCCUCCGCGGUAAACCUCCCUACAACAAGGUCCUCCUCCGCGGUAAACCUCCCUACAACAAGGUCCUCCUCCGCGGUAAACCUCCCUACAACAAGGUCCUCCUCCGCGGUAAACCUCCCUACAACAAGGUCCUCCUCCGCGGUAAACCUCCCUACAACAAGGUCCUCCUCCGCGGUAAACCUCCCUACAACAAGGUCCUCCUCCGCGGUAAACCUCCCUACAACAAGGUCCUCCUCCGCGGUAAACCUCCCUACAACAAGGUCCUCCUCCGCGGUAAACCUCCCUACAACAAGGUGGUCCUCCGCGGUAAACCUCCCUACAACGUCCUCCUCCGCGGUAAACCUCAAUACAACAAGGUCCUCCUCCGCAGUAAACCUCCCUACAACAAGGUCCUCCUCCGCGGUAAACCUCCCUACAACAAGGUCCUCGUCCGCGGUAAACCUCCCUACAACAAGGUCCUCGUCCGCGGUAAACCUCCCUACAACAAGGUCCUCCUCCGCUGUAAACCUCCCUACAGCAAGGUCCUCCUCCGCAGUAAACCUCCCUACAGCAAGGUCCUCCUCCGCGGUAAACCUCCCUACAGCAAGGUCCUCCUCCGCGGUAAACCUCCCUACAACAAGGUCCUCCUCCGCGGUAAACCUCCCUACAACAAGGUCCUCCUCCACGGUAAACCUCCCUACAGCAAGGUCCUCCUCCGCGGUAAACCUCCCUACAGCAAGGUCCUCCUCCGCAGUAAACCUCCCUACAACAUGUGGCAGGUCCUCCUCCGCGGUAAACCUCCCUACAGCAAGGUCCUCCUCCGCGGUAAACCUCCCUACAGCAAGGUCCUCCUCCGCGGUAAACCUCCCUACAGCAAGGUCCUCCUCCACGGUAAACCUCCCUACAGCAAGGUCCUCCUCCACGGUAAACCUCACUACAACAUGUGUCAGGUCCUCGUCCGCGGUAAACCUCCCUACAACAAGGUCCUCCUCCGCGGUAAACCUCCCUACAACAAGGUCCUCCUCCGCGGUAAAUCUCCCUACAACGUGUGGCAGGUCCUCCUCCGCGGUAAACCUCCCUACAACGUGUGGCAGGUCCUCGUCCGCGACUCGUCAACAGAGAUGUCAGCGUGUUCCAGAGAGUUCUGUAAGCCUUUCACUGACGCAGUAAGAUUCUUCUUCACCUCAUUGAGCAUUCUGCGCUGUGCUCUGGCAGACAUCUUUCACUUACGGCCACUCCCAGGGAGAGUAGCAACAGAGCUGGACUUUCUCCAUCUAUAG